AUGUCUUACAAUUGGAUGGCCUCAUCAUCUAAUGGACAAAUUCCUCUGGACAACCAUUACACUCAACAAAAUUAUGUGCAAAAUGGGCAUAACCAAAAUCCACCUGUUCUACCACCGCAUAACUCUUCACCUCGUAUGCAUAGUAAUAGCUCGCCAGUAAAACCAAACUAUGAUGCACUAAGAGCCCUAUUAAAUAAUCCCUCUCCUGUUCCAUCACCUACUGGCAAUAACGAGGUUAGGAGUAGUAGCGGAGAUAACACUAAUCGUAAUUAUAAUCCUUUUAGAACAUCAGAUAUCCAUAAUAUCAAUUCCAACACUGUAACUAAUGCCUCUGCAUUAAACAACAACAAGGGUUUCGUCCAAGAUUUUUCUUCGAAAAUAUCGACAACCACAAGUAAUUCUAUGACUAACAUGGUGCUUUCACCUAGGAAGGCAAACCACAGUGGAAAUCAAGAAACAGAUCCCAAUCGUUUGUCAUUAACUCCAUAUCAAUUAUCUUUAAAUGAAGCUAAGACUUAUUUGAGAUGGUACAAUAAUAUUUUGAUUAGAAAACACAGCAAUAUUAUUCGGUUAGUUGAUAUCUUUAAAUUUUUACAGAUUAAUUUUCCAAUUUCCGAGUCAGUCAAGCAAGCUAUAGAAGCUUUAUUUCAUUUUUGUAAAGAUAAUUUGAAAAUCGGUCAGUUUUAUGCAGUUUUGAGGCUUAUUUCGCAUGCACUAAUGGAAAAAAUAAGCCCUUCAGUAAAUUUGCUUGGCCUCGAAGCGCCAGCUUUGAGACCAAAAUCUAUUUUAAAUAAGAAUAAGGUUCAAGAGCUUUAUGAGGAAGUAGCUGAUGACCCAGGGUCCGAUCAAAAAUUUGAUUUUGACAAUUUUGCAUCAUUAUUGUUAACGGGGAAAAGUCACCGAGUUAGAAGAGUGGUAGUAGACUCGGAUGGAAAACAGGUGUCUGCUAAGAAAGUCAGAUUUUCCGAAAAGUUGGAAACUUUCCAGGAAGAACCAGGAAUGAGCCAAGAAGCACCAACUUUUAAUUAUGAUAUUAAUCUUGUUGGUAGCAAUGGUGCUAAUGGGAAAACUGACUUAUCGUUGCCUAUGGAUCAAUUAUUGAAAAAAAUAAAUGCCAACACACAACCAGAAUCGCAAGAAGAAAAAGAAGUUUUGGCUGAUAUGAAAGAUUCUUUAAAACAUUUUCAAAACUUACCCAAAAUCGACAGUGUUACCUUGGGAAUACCAAACCAAUUCAUUCCUAACGGUACCAGUACCAAUAACUAUCAGCAACUAAAUAGUGGAAUUUUGCAACCAUUGAAACCAACGGCUACAGGUUCAGCAAAUCAUUUAUUUGAACAAGAACAUAAACCAAUAAUCACAAACGAUUUAAGUGGCGGCUCUGUAUUACAGCCCUUAAAACCAACAGCCACGGGAUCUGCAAAUCAUUUAUUUUCUCAGCACGAGCAACAACAGGGAACUGUUUUACAACCAUUGCAUCCCACUGCCACUGGUUCGGCAAAUCAUCUAUUUGAACAACAACAAUCUACUCUAUUACAACAACCUUUGAAACCCACAGCAACUGGCUCUGCAAAUCAUUUGUUUUCCCAACAACAACCUGCCUCAUUUCAACAACCGUUAAAACAAGCAAAUACUGGAAACAUUGAUAAUUUAUUUACACCACAACACUUACAACCCACUUUUGUAGGAUCAAACAACGAUAAGACUGACAACAUAUUUAACCAACAACAAUCACAUCCAAUCAAACCUGUCGAGACUGGAUCAACGAACUAUUUACAAGAGCAUGGGAAGCAUAAUGAAAACAAAUUACAAUACGAUAGUUUAAAACCAACGCCUACUGGCCCUGGAAACUACUAUAUGAUGCAUCCGAACAAUUUUCCUCAAUCAAAUAAUAAUAUUAACACAAACAAUACCGCAUAUAUGCCUAAAUUAUCACCACAAGUUACUACUAAUAACAGUAAUGCCAGCAAUAAUUUACUGACAUUAAAUUACCAUUCUACUGUUACAUCUUCAAAUGGUGAUAAUAAUAACAACGCGUUGCAUAGUAUUUCUCCCACCAAUACCAGUUUACAAGUUCCUCAAUUUCAAUUUACAAGUCCCAAUAUUAUUGUAGGCUCACCUAAUCCUUCGCCUAUUAUGGUAACAAAUAAUCAUGGUAAACCACCGGUUCCACCUCGUACAAAUUUAAGUUCGAAUCUUUCAUCAUAUCAAACACCUUCUCUGGUUGACAAUAAUGGUAAUGUUAGUAAUAACAAUUUGGCAUCGGGUUAUUUUCAAUCUUUAUUAACAAGCAACAAUAAUAAUGGCAUUCAUGCCAAUGUUUCUAAUUUGGCAUUGAAUCCAUCAACUUCGUCACCGCCACCAUUAAAUCUUCAAAUGAGUUUUAAUAAUAAUGGUACUGAUAGCCCUUAUAUGCAUGAUCAAUUACAACCUCAACCACAACAAUUUAUGCAUGUAAAUAACGGUACUGUGAAUAAUGGCAUGCUAUCUUCUACCACUUCCUCGGAUAACAUAUUGGGUGAUAUUAGAACAUUACAACAGGAAAUAGAUAACAUUCAACAGAGUUUAUAUCGGCAUUGA